UGCCAUCUUGUCUGGUGGAGGAGAGGCAGGCACCCAGGCAGGCAGCAGCUAGCAGCAAGUAUCGGAAAGCUUCCAGUGGCUGUCUGUCAGCUAACAGCCACAAGUCACUUACGACACGAAGAGGCCAGACUUCAACGACUUUGAUGUCAUUUCCACACCCACUCCUCUCCGUUGCUGGAUUAUACUUUCUUAUUCGAAGAGCCAGAAGGGAAUGUUUACAUUAUGAAUCCACACCUGUUGGUAUUGGGGGAGGCGAAACUAGCUCACUUGAGCUAACUCGGCUAGUCGGCAUCUAGAGAAAGAGGGAGAGGUGGCCUCACAAACCCGGGUCUGCUUCGGACUGAAGUUCCGGGGACAGCUACUGAACAAGUCUGACAAGCGGCUGCUUGUGGUGGACUCCGGAGGACACAAGGGCGGCUGGCUGGGUGUCAGAGAGAGGCCGGGGAGGAGUGCAGUGACUGGACACUGCGCAACGUCUCAGGAGUUUGGGAGAAUCUUGGACUGAGCUUGUGACUUCUCAACGGGUGGACUUGACGAGAAAUAAACGAUAUGGAAAAGUGCUGUGUUGGUACGUCUCCGUUUCAUGUCCUCUACCAGUGAAGUGAGCAGUAAGAAGCGGCGUGUGGCGCUUCGUUUCAUGUGGGAAUACAUUGAUUCGACAGAGCUAGCCAACAUGUCGAAAAUGCCAGCGAAAAAAAAGAGUUGUUUCCAAAUCACGAGUGUUACGCAGGCUCAGGUGGCGGCCAACAACACCGUAGACGACACCGAAAGUCAAGACGACCCCGACGAGUCCCGAACAGAGGAUGUGUCGUCGGAAAUAUUUGAUGUUUCCCGAGUCGACCUCGCUUUGUGUGAUAGGAGCUCAUCCGAGGAAACGUUGAACAACCUGGGAGACACGCAAGAGGGUCAGACCGCUUUGACAGCUCCUGUCAACGAGGGUCUCGGCGAUAAUAAAAGUGCAGGCGGUGGUCUUUUGGCCCCCUAUCAUUCGGCAACAAAUGCGUCUGCAGCAGCAACAGCUCAGCCAAUUUCUGCUCCUGCUGCCCCCUUCCCAAGUACCACUGUUACACCUGUGAAUACCUGCAGCUCUCGCUUCAGGGUCAUUAAAUUAGACCAUGGUACCGGAGAGCCCUUUAGAAGAGGAAGAUGGACUUGCACCGAAUUCCAUGACAAAGACUCAGAUUCAAAUGGCGGUCGGACCGUGGAUAGCAUCAAACCAGCUGUAACCCUUGAUCACAGUAUGGAACGGGACAGUGGAAUAGGGACCAUCAGUAACAUUGUUCUCUCGAGCAGUGCUUCCUCCUCACAGGCUUUGGAGAAUGCUGUGGACAGCAGCCACACAGCUACAAAUCCCAGUCAUUCUUCCGAAACUGUGCUGCAAGGCUUUGGCUUGGUCACCCAGAUUGGGAGUGGGGCAAGUGCCUUCCAGCCCACAGGUUACUCAAUGACAUCAUCAAAACAAACACAACAUGCUCAGGUCAAUAUGCAACCUGCUGCUCCCCAAACUUUCCUAUCAAAUAACCUCAAGUGCGUGCACCAGGGUUCCUUACAGCAGAAGUCUCCCAUCCCGCCGCCUGCCACACAAGUACAGCACUUUCCAUAUUCUAACCCACCUGCGGGCCAGCCAGAUUACCGUCAGCAGCAGUUUGGUUCAAACCCUCUUCCUCAUUCUGUAGGCCCUUCAUCUCUUAUCUUACCAGCCGGGUCAUCAGCCCAGGGCCUAGGGGUUGAGGCACCCUCCGCCCAGGGCCUUCUGCUGCACAUGGCACCAGGUGGUGGUCAGCAGCAGCUGGUCAACCAUACACAGCCCUCAGCAGGGUUAGGCCUUGCUCCCACAUCCUCUGCCACCAGCGGGGUCCAGAAUGUGCCCGUCACUUUGCCCGCUACCACCAAUAACCCUACAGGUGGGGUGAAUCAAGGGCUGGGGAUCGGAGGGAUUCUUCAACCCCAAGGUGCCCAUGGAGGUGCCACCACAGGCCUUCUCACUGGAUUCAGUACCCAGGCAGAAGAUGGUCUGUCCAAAUCUGAAGUCCUACCUCAGCCCAGUGGCAGUGUGUUGCCAGGGAAAGACAAUAUGAAGCCUUUCAUCACGGGGGGUCUUGGCCUUCCCAGCCCUGCUGUCAACAGCCUGUUCGGCAUCCAUAUAACCAUGGAUGGCGACGAGGACAGUGCUUCCGGUGCCAGCGUCGUUGCCAUUGACAACAAGAUCGAGCAGGCCAUGGAUUUGGUGAAAAGUCACCUCAUGUACGCUGUGCGCGAGGAGGUGGAAGUGCUGAAGGAGCAGAUCAAGGAGCUGUAUGAGCGGAACUCCAUGCUGGAGCGCGAAAACGCCGUGCUCAAGUCGUUGGCCAACUCAGAUCAGCUCAACCACCUUUCCAACCACGGCAGCACGUCACCUCUGCAACAGCAACAACAACACUCAGCUGUUACAAACAGCGCCCCCUUAACACAACAUGAGGUCAGUCAGAGCGUCCCCCACCAGCCCAACAUCACCUCGGCGUGACCCCCCUCCCAGGCACCCAAGCGCAUUGACUGAUCCACACGCUCAAUUCCACACCUCUCUUGAUCAGAGACAAAAGUAGACCGUCCCUGCAGCGCUGCGUUUAACAUGCUCCAUUUAAGGAAAAUAGUGACAUCAUCUUAUAAGAGAGCUGUCAUCACCCCUUAAAAAGUCUUAUUGUGCCUACUGGCUGAAGUAGAUGGCAGGGCAAGGCAGAAGGAGCAUGCCAUAACACCGCACAUGGGCAACAAGUGGUUGAAACGGGCAGCACGUUACAUGUCGGAAAGCCCCAGCGGCAAAUGGAGCUCUCGCAAUGUCCAGCACGGCCUCUAAGCUUCCACAUGCCACAUCGCUCACAGAGGUCGGAAGUGACGAAGGGAGGAGUCAUCAGCGUAGGAGUCCGGCGGAGCAAGUCCAGUGCCUCCUUCAUGAUAUGCUGCAACAAAAAGCUCAUUAGUUUUUGUUGUUGUUUUCUCAGAACCACCGUCCUUUGACAUGUACUAUUUUCAACAUCAUUAAUUCACUUUUAGUAUUUGGAUUUAUUUAUUACAGGGCUGCUAUUUUCAUAACGUCACAAACAAUGUCACAAAAGACACAACGACUAGUCUUUUUAGAGUCCGUCAGGUUUUUUUGGUAUUCUUUCACGAACAAGCGUCAGUAAGUAGAGUAGACAAUUGGAAGAAAACACUAAAGCAGAAUUUACGAGUUGUGAAAUCCAGGUUGAAUGUAUAUUUUGUAAAGUAUUAAGAUUGAACAAGGUAUGUACAGUACAGCAGAGAACCUGACAAGACAAGGCAUAUGUGCUGGGAGGUUUUGGUAAAGCAAACUUAAUUCUUUCGAUGUUCUUUGUUUAAAUGGGUAAAAAAAACAAACAAAAAGAUUACGGUCUUGGUUGGGGGAUGAAAAGCUGUGAAUUUGUUGGACCUACUUCAUAACCAAAGACGCAAAGCUGUGUAAGUCUUUUUUUUUUUUUUCCCUGUUCUCACCCCUUUAUUAUGAUUUUUAACGCACACUUUCCCCCUUUAUUUUUCGACUCUUUUGCAUGACCGUAUAAUCAAACCACUUUCAUAAAGUCAUGUUUUUAAUCUAGCACUCGGUUUUCUCUGUCAACGUGUGUGUGCGUGCGUGCGUAUACGUUUUUGUGACUCAAGUGAAAGGGAACAAGUCCAGCAGGGGUUAAGAAAAGGAGCCAUUUUUGUUACAUAACAGAUUUUAAUUUUUUUUUUUUUUUCGCAAAUUCAGCAUUCAGAUUUUCAUUGUAGCGUUCCAACACAUGCAACAAUCUCCAAAAUCCAAACCGCAACAUUUCUCAACCUUAAGCUGGAACUCAUUCAGUCAUGAGAGAGAAUCGACGAAUUGGGAUGUUCGUGUUCUGUCUUGUCUGUUGUGCCUCCUCUGUGUCACCUGCUGUCGUCAGGUGAUUCUGAUGCGGUCUAUGUGGCUUAGAACCAAACCAAAAUAAUUGGUGAUUGUAUAAUGAGUUAUCUUGCUAGAAGAUGGACUGUUUUUUUUUUUUUUUUUUUUUUUAAACUGAACUCUUUUUUUUUUUUUUUUGUGUGUGUGUGUUUAAUUUGAAGGAGAUACCCUGUACAUACCAAGUGUACUGUACGGAAGUGAUCACUGAGCCUUGAAUAAAAAUCUUAACGAUGCCCUUGUAAUGUGCUGUUCAGACAGUUUGUUUUCAGACAAUAAAUUUCCGUUUUAUUAAGAA